UCAAAUCAUUAUACUAAUCAAAUUUGAAUAAUUUGAAUAUAGUACAAAUAUUUAAAAAAAAAAAGAACAAAAAAACAAAUUGAGGAAAGAGCACACAUAGUGUAAUGAGUGAAAAUAGUUUGGGAGUUGAAUUGAAGAAGAAGCAAAGAAGAAGAGAGUCACUUCAAUCAAUCACUCUCUCAACCAAAGCCAAAGCUACCAACUUUCUUACUUCCCAACUCAAUUCAACUUCCAAAUUUCUCUCCUUUCACUCCCUAUGAUCCUCUCCCAACACUUUCACAAAACCCCCAAUUUUAAUUUCAUCUAGGGUUCAUCACCAACAAUGCCUUCUUCCCCGAAAUUCUUCCACGCUCGUCAACAGAACCUUUCAACUCGCAGAUCCACCACUACUCUCUUACUUUCCACUUGCUUAGUCAUCGGGAUCGCCGGAUUUCUCUUCGGAUUCGUCGCAAUUCUCAGGCCGGUUAAUAAUUGCCCCCAUUCUGAACCCAAAUCGGUUCGAGUUGUUUGGGAGAGAGAUACUAGUGGUGGUAGUAACAUUGAUGGAUUUGGUGGUGUUUUGGGUUCUGGGGAUGGGAAGAAACGACAUAAAGUUAUGGGCUUUGUGGGGAUUCAAACUGGUUUUGGAUCGGUUGGUAGGAGACGAUCUUUGAGGAUGACUUGGAUGCCGUCUGAUCAUCAAGGCCUUCAACGAUUAGAAGAAGCCACCGGUCUUGCUUUCAGGUUUGUCAUUGGUAAAACCAAUGAUAAAUCAAAGAUGUCUGAACUGAAGAAGGAGAUUGCUACUUAUGACGAUUUUUUGCUAUUGGAUAUUGAAGAGGAGUAUAGUAAGCUUCCAUACAAAACGUUGGCAUUCUUUAAAGCUGCCUAUGCCCUAUAUGAUUCCGAGUUUUAUGUUAAAGCCGAUGAUGACAUAUAUUUAAGGCCAGAUCGCCUUUCACUGCUUCUUGCUAAAGAACGCUCUCACUCGCAGACAUACCUUGGAUGCAUGAAGAAAGGCCCGGUCUUUACUGAUCCAAAGCUGAAAUGGUAUGAACCGCUAGCCCAUUUGCUCGGGAAGGAGUACUUUCUUCAUGCUUAUGGUCCAAUAUAUGCUCUUUCUGCUGAUGUUGUUUCAAGCUUGGUUGCUCUUAGAAAUAACAGUUUUCGCAUGUUUAGCAAUGAAGAUGUUACAAUUGGUGCAUGGAUGCUUGCAAUGAAUGUCAACCACGAAAACAAUCAAGCACUCUGCUCACGAGAUUGUACAUCGACAUCUAUUGCCGUGUGGGAUAUUCCCAAAUGUUCGGGGCUAUGUAAUCCCGAAGCGAAACUAUUGGAACUUCAUGGAGACGAGAGCUGCACGAAGACUCCUACCAUGGAAGCCGAAGAAGAGUAGUGAUUUUUUUUUUCUUACAUUUUUUCCUUAACAAAUUUGGGUAAUCUUCCCUCAUCUUGAUCUUACCAGAUGUUUUUUACUUCUCAAUUUUGACCGUAAAUUCUUAUAUUUUUCGACUAAACGAACUGCGGGAAGAGGUCUCAGUAAAAAAAAAAGAGGAUUUAGGAAUGAUAGUGUUGUUAUUAUUAGGAAUGCAUUCUUUCAUGUCAAAAUUAUAAUUCUUUUUCUUGUUUUAUAUAUAAAAUAUCAAAUAUGGUUCUUUUAAA